AUGAGGUUUCUCGUAGUGGUCGUGGGAUUGGCCUCCCUAGCUCGCGCGCAGCUUUUGGGAAUACCAACUGUGCCAUUCAACAUCACCUCGGAUCGGACGUAUGAUUUGAGAAACGUCCAUACCAUUGUUGUCGACCUUGCACACUCGACUGCCCGCGAUCAAGAUGGCCUUACUUUGAUUCCUCCCACCCUUUGGGAGUUUGCAGAGACGUUUCGAGAUGAUCUUGCAGGCAUUGGCAUCAACACCAUCUUGCUACCUGGGCCCAAACCCAUCAGCAAUGCAAUCUACCUCACUCUCGAUAGCGACAAGUCGCAAUUCGUCAAUGCCGCUGGAAACAAGACUUCAGAGGGCUACCGUCUCUCUGUUACUUCUUCAGGAGUCACGGUCAGCGGUGCCAGUCCUCUUGGAGCGUGGUGGGGAACACGAACAGUCCUGCAGCAGGCUUUGAUCAACAACAAGAAGAUGAAGCUUGGAACAGGUGUCGAUUCUCCUGGAUGGUCGGAGAGAGGCAUGAUGCUUGAUGUUGGUCGUCAUUAUUAUCCGUCAGACUUCCUCGCGGAGAUGUGCUCCUACCUCUCGUUCUUCAAGCAAAACGUUUUCCAUCUUCAUCUCAGCGACCACGUCUGGGAUCCCGCCAAGCUCGGCUCCCAUGAGCUCGCUCUCCAGCUAUACGCUGCUUUCCGAGUUGAUUCCACUGAUCCAGCGGUCGCGGGACUUGCGCGCCCAGUCAACGAAACUUAUAGUCCAUCCGUUUUCGACAAUCUACAGCAGAAAUGUGCACGCCGCGGUGUGACCAUCUUGCCUGAGCUCGAGUCUCCCGGGCAUUCGAUGGCAACGACCGACUGGAGGCCCGAGAUUGCGCUUUCUGACUUUAGUAUGCUCAACUUGAGCCACCCCGAAACGCUUCCCACUGUCAAGUCGUACUGGAAGGCGGUUAUCAACAACUUCCAUUCCAAAGUUGUGCACAUUGGGGCAGACGAGUACGACAGCAACUUUAUCAACGAGUAUAGCACUUUUGUCAACGAUAUGAGUGCCUACAUCCAAUCCAUUUCUGGGAAGAGCACUCGCAUCUGGGGCACUUUCCCGCCCUCUUCUGCCGCCGGCUCUAUCAAUGUCAACAAGGACGUAACGAUUCAACACUGGCAGAUUGGUCAAGACAACGGUCUAUUCGACUUUAUCGACAAGGGAUACAAUAUCGUCAACAGUGACGACUACUUCUACCUCGAUCUCAAGUACUCUGACGGCGACGUCUACCCCAAAGAGCUCGAUAUUGAGCGUGUCUUCUACGGGUCUCCCGACGGCAGUGCAUUUGCACCCAACAUCCUCGACAAUGCCAACGCAACGAACAAUCCCCCUCGAGACAGCCCCAACGUGCUUGGACACUUGGCUGUCGUAUGGAACGACUGGGGCCCAAAUGCCAGCACCUACCACGAGGCUUACUACAUGGUCCGCAACGGUCUGCCGGCUCUAGCUGACAAGCAAUGGGGCGGUUCGCUGCAGGAGAAAGAUUAUGCUAGUCUAUUUGCUACGCUGCAGCCAGCUGUGCCGGACCAGAACCUCGACCAGCGGAUUGCCUCCAAAGGCUCAACCAUUGUAUCUUACAACUUUGGCCAGGGUAUCCUCUCAUCAGCGCUCGCUGUUCUGGAUGGCUCUGGAAACAACUACCACGGUCAUCUCGAAAACGGCGCCUACGUUAGCGGUGGUGCUCUACAACUCAACGGACGCGGAGCCUAUCUCAAGACGCCCCUUACGAGCAAAGGACGCAACUACACUCUUUCUUUCUCCGUGUUACCCAAAUCUCAUGGCGGCGCGCUCUUCUCUGGCCCGGAUAGCAGUUUUCUGAACGGCAAUGGCACGUCAACCAAUCUCAUGCUCGUAUCUCACAACAUUGCUUAUCCUGUCAACCUGACAUUGCCGUUGAACAAAUGGAGCGACGUGACCGUUCAGGCUAUCGGCCCGCAGACGUUCAUUUCUGUCGGUACACAGCGUCAGGAAGUGACUAUCCUGAUGGGUAUUUGGGGAGGAUAUAUGCAGGAGGGACCAAUGGCAAUUGAGGCGCCGAUUCAAACAAUCGGGCAAGGAAUUAAUGGACAAAUGAAGAACAUAAAGCUUUCCAGCGAUGUAUAA